GAAUGAGAGGGCAAAUCAGGGCAUCCUACAGGCCUUCCGUUCGGUGGCUCCACUUGCUUCUUCUCUCCCUCCUCCGCCUUCCCGUGGUAUCCAUUCCUGGCUCUUCAAGUUCCAGCAACACUUCAUCGUUGUGAGCAUUGAGUACUACCUUCCAGCCUGCACUGCAGUGAGUCCUUCGCUGUUGUUUGCUGUAUAGCAUUUUGUGUAUCUCUUUUCCUGUGCAUUCUGCUUCUUUUCCUCCAGUCCUUUUGUUGGGUUCUGCAAGAUCUGCUGCCGCUUAGACAAAGGAAACUUUCAGAAAUUCCCACAGUGAGAAGCUAUACAGCUUUCAUUCUUGUUGGAGACCAGUUAACUUGAUGGGUGCGUGCAGGGGCUGAGCAUUUAGGCGCUUGCAAUCUGCUUGAGCUGUAGCUGGUCCUUCCCGCCAGAAACUCUCUGUACUCUCUGUACUCUGUUUCUUGAUUCUAUCUUGAUAUACCGCAAGCAGUCCUCAUGCAUGAUUCGGAAAAAGAAAAAUUGAUGAGUAGUGGCAGCCUAAUACAAAGUGCUGCAGAGGAUAGCAAGAUUUUCUCUCGCUGCCAGUGCCAGUCAUUAUCUAUGUUUUUCUGCUUACAGGACAUUAGUAGGCGGCGAGAUGAGAAAGUCCUGCGAGUGCUGCAAGAGAUACUGGACUCAUUUGCAUGGAAAGGUCAAGUGUUUCUUCACCCACAUGGACAGAAACUCUAGCCAUAGCAUGGUCAUACCAGAGAGCUUUGUGAACUAUUUCGGGUGGAAGCUGUCAGGAACCAUUGAACUAGAAGCCCCCAAUGGUAAUGUGUACGAUGUCGGAAUUACUGAGCGUAGGAACAAAACAGUACUCCGAUCUGGGUGGGAGGCGUUUGUGGACGCGAAUCAUAUAGUAGAAAGAGACUCGCUGAUGUUCCGAUACCGUGGAAAUUGUCGCUUCAAGGUUGUGGUCUUUGGUGCUAGUGGUUGUGAGAAAGUGGUGUCAUGUUCUGCUCGCACACAUAGCAAUAUCAAUGAUCAAGAACCAAGCACAAAUUCUACAGACAUUUCAACCAGUUCCAGUGAUGGUAAUACUCAUUCGUCAGCACGAGGACGAUCGGAUGAUUGCCAGAGUGGAAGCUCAGGCCAUUGUCGAAAACGAGCAAGGAAAGAUGCAAUACCUUCUCGGUCAGAGGAUUUGUCAGAAGACAGUCCAUGUGAGCACGAGUCAUCUGAAUGGGAAGAUACUAAACGUAUUGGAAUAACACCCGACCAUGAUGAUACAGACCCAUACAUGAUGUCACUGGGUGCCCGUCUAUCCCAAAUGCAGAGGAAGAAAGUUCUGAAGAAAGUUGGAGCCAUUGCAUCAGAUCUGCACAUCUACGUCGCAGUCAUGACCACGACCAGUGUCCGUGCCGCCCUAACCUUUGCCACACAAUACUGUGACACGUACCUUCGGAAGGGGAGCCGGAGUUUGGUGUUUCAGGCAGAGGGGAAGAGCCAGCAAUGGCAUGGUGAGUUGCACGACACCAAUCGUGCCCUGAGGAUAUUUGGAGGCUGGACUUCUUUUGCGAGAGACAAUAACCUGCGGGAGGGGGACAUCUGCCUCUUCGAGCUGAUGAAAAACAGGGUGGAACUGAAGCAGAAGAUGAUGGUCUAUAUCAUUCGCCGUGAGCGUUGCUAGUUUAGUUUCACGCUCUUGACAAGAGGAAUAGAGGUCUCUCCUCUUUGUGCUGGCAUUUUGUAUGUUGCUGAUGGUGGGGCUCUUUGCUGCUUUUGUGAUCUGAAAGUAGAACUGUGGGCAUGGCCAGCCAUUCUCUGGAGUGAGUAAGAAACCUAUAUCUGUAGUAGCUUAGUUUCAAACAGACCGUGAUUUCUUACUUCAGCGGCAGCCUUAUUUUGUGGCAUGAAGUUUAAACUAGUUGUGUUGACGAUGUUUGUUUGAGGAAGCCACUUGAUUGUUUGUAUCCUCUGAAGUUUAAUGAA